AUGGACGAUGUCCACGCGCGCCUUUCGGAGGAUUCCGUGCUGAAGAUUAGCGCCCAGAACAUCCUCGACUCAGUGGAGGACGCCUUGCGUAUCCCGGAACAUGCGGUGAACGGUGUCCAACGCUUCCAGGAGCUGACGCUGCAGCUCUACCUCCGCGCCGAUCUUGCGCCGGCGUGGACGGACCUGCAGAAGAAAGCUAACCUGUUGAAGCAACCGCUGAUCGAGUCAUUCAGGGAUACAUGCGUGCUGCUGCUUAACAGAUACCCGGAGGCGCACUGUUUCCUCAUCAAGUGA